AUGAUGAAUAUUUUUUUCAAUCUUGAAGUUCACACAUUUGCAAAGUAAUAGAAAUUUAAAUAAAUUUAUAAAAUGAAUUCUUCUAAUGAGAACUAUUUGAGCUGCCGAUAAUCAAUAUAUCAGGAGGACGGCACUAUUGAAAAAGAAGUUGACAGCUUUAACAGAGAAACAUAUAGGAUCGAGAAAAUAAAAAUUCAAAUCAAGUUCACCUCAGAUUAAAAAAUAGUAUAUUCAUAAAAUAAAGCAAUCUUGAGAGUGUACAAUUUAUUUAUAACUUUAUAUAAUAGAAUUGAAUGCCAUGAUGCCAAAGGGAAAAAGGAAUUGUUUAAUAAUAUGGAUCAAAUCCAUAAUCUGUUAUGGGAAGGUUAGUAUUAAUAAAACAAAACGAAAGAAGGUAAAUGGAUUGCUUUUUGGAAUAAAAAACUUCUAAAGAAUGUUGGUGGAUACUAUAAAGCAGGGUUAAAGCACGGGUUAUGGAAAGAUCUAUUCCUAAACUAUUCAGAGUAAGCUCUAGAUUUAUUUGAAUAGUUAAGCAUAAAUUUUUGAACUUGGAGAAUAUUCUGAUGGCUAAAAAAUUGGAAGAUGGGAUUAUAUUAAAAAAAAUAAGAAAAUGUAUUAAUUUUAUUUUUAAAAUUGUUUAGUGGUGGUGGAAAUUACAACUAGAAUGGUGUGAAGUAUGGCAAAUGGAUUGAGCUAGAUGAAGGAUUUUAUAGUCAGAAAAAAGUUGUUUAUAUGGGUGAAUAUAAUAUGAAUGGUGUGAAGGUAGGUAGCUGGGAUAUUAUGUUAAAAAAUGAGCUUGAGAAAGGAUAUUAAUAAAUGUAAAUAUUAGAUAAUAUAUAUAGUGGAGGCGGAUUAUACGAUUAAGAAGGGAAUUAGAAAAAGAUUGGAAAGUGGACAGAAUUGGAUGAAGAGUUUUACGGUUAUAACAAAUUCACUCAUAAUGGUGAAUACAAUAUCAAUGGUAUGAAGAUAGGUAGAUGGGAAAUUAUAUCUAUUUAAUAUAGAAAAUAGUAAUAAAUGUAAGUAUUAUUUAUAUGAAUAUUUAAAUAUAUACAGUGGAGGUGGAUUGUAUGAUUAAGAAGGAAAUUAGAAAAAGAUUGGAAAGUGGACAGAAUUGGAUGAAGAGUUUUACGGUUAUAACAAAUUCACUCAUAAUGGUGAAUACAAUAUGAAUGGUAUGAAGGUAGGUAGAUGGGAUAUUAUAUCUAAUUAAUAUGGAGAAUAUAAAUAAAUGUAAAUAUUGGUAAUAUUCAAAAUUUAUAGUGGUGGAGGAUCAUAUGAUUAAGAGGGAAAUUAGAAAAAGAUUGGAAAGUGGGUAGAAUUGGAUGAAAGGUUUGAUAAUUAGAAGAAAGUCACUUAUAUUGGUGAAUACAGUAUGAAUGGGAUGAAGGUAGGUCGAUGGGAUAUUAUGUUUAAGGAUGAUUAUGAAAAUAAUUAUUAAGAAUCGUAGAUAUAUAUUUAUUAAACCUAUUUAGAUAAUAUGAGAAUAUUAAUCAUGAAAAGCAUACAUAGGAAUAUAAAUAAAUGUAGACAUUAGAUAAUUAUUAGACAUAUUUAGUGGUGGUGGAUAAUAUGAUUAAUAUGGAAAUUAGAAAAAGCUAGGUGAGUGGGUAGAAUUGGAUGAAGGGUUCAAUAGUAUGAAGAAA